GAGGGUGUCACAUUUUGUGUACAGCUACACGAAACAAUAAUAAUAACAAAUUGCACGUUGAUUUUUAGGUUUUUGUUGUUUUACUUUUAACAACGCUUUUGAUAAUGAUAACAAAAUUUAGGACAAUUAUCGCUGGUGGAAAAAUAGCAGAUAAACUUGCAUUUCGUAAGUUGUCAAAAUCUUCUGGUUUCCGUCCAAGAAGAUCAGUUUUGUAUGUGCCAGGGAAUGACACGAAAAAGAUUGAAAAAGCUUCUGGAUUGCCAGCUGAUGUUGUCGUUUUAGAUUGCGAAGAUGGCGUUGCAUUAAAUAUGAAGGAUGUAUGUCGACAAACAAUCCAGGAAGUUUUACCAAGCUUAAGUUUUGGAAGAAGUGAAUCCACUGUACGAAUUAAUUCAAUAGACAGUUCAUUUGCUUUGGAUGAUUUAGAAUCAGUUUUAUGUGGAGCUACAUUACCACAGGCUUUAAUGGUUCCUAAAAUAGAAUCUGUUGAACAGAUUAAAUGGCUAAAGCAUGAAUCAAAGAAACACCUUGGUGAAGGUUCAAACGGAGGACCUAUUAUAAAGGUGAUUGGUCAAUCAGAGACACCGAAAGGGCUUCUAGAUCUGCGUGUCAUUCUUGAGGAAGCCUGCAAAGAGGAUGCUAAUUUAAAAUUCGAAUGUUUUGUAUUUGGCUCCGAUGACUUUAGCAAGCAUAUUGGUGGAACAAGAACAAAGGACGCGAAAGAACUCCUGUUUGCAAGACAAUAUUUUGUGAUGCUUGUCAAGGGAUUUGGUCUGCAAGCGAUUGAUAUGGUUGAUAUUGAUUUCAAAGAUUUGCGUGGUUUGCAGCAGCAGUCAGAAGAAGGUGCAAAAAUGGGAUUUACAGGCAAGCAAGUCAUUCAUCCUGCUCAAAUAGAUAUUGUGAAUGACAAUUUUUCACCAAGCCAGGAAAAAAUUGACUAUUCAAGAGAACUUGUGGAGGAGUUUGAGCAACACCAAAAAACGGGAAAGGGUGCAUUUUCGUUUCGUGGAACGAUGAUUGAUAUGCCAUCCGUGAAACAAGCUAUCAACGUGCUUAACCUUGCUGAUGUCAUCUCUAAAACAUAGGUGAAGGCAUUAAUGCACAAUCAAUCAAUCAAUCAAUCAAUCAAUAUCUUGUUCGUUUGCUGGGAUUCUUUGGUUGCGUGAACAUUUAGGUCAAUUCAUAAGAACUACGAUUUAAUGGACGUGUUUGUGCUCACAUAAAAAGUAUAAAUAAUGAGAUAUGGCAUCCUGGAUGAUAAAGGCUGUUUGAAUCAUGAUUGUUUUUUGUUGAGGUGGCUUGAAUUGAGGAAACGUUGUGAAGGUCAACAAAGUUAGAAAGAUCGGCUCAUUUUUAGCAUUUGCUUAUUUAUGCGUCGUUCGAAAGAAAUAGGCGAAUGAACUUUUUAGCCGUUUUUUUUUUUGUGUGUUUAUCUUAAUUUUGGUUUGUGGAUGGUGCGUCAUGAAUUACUUAAAUUUAUCGCCACGACAAGAGUCCCUAGGUAAUGAAAUUGUCCAUUUCAUGUUGAUAAUAUUUUUACCAUCAUGGAGCGAAUCUCGGGCAAACUCGAGGAGAGAUAGAGCCACAAUAACUCCAACGUAGUGUUCUCCACAAUCAAAAUAACCUACGCAACAAUAAAAAAUUCGUAUCAUCGCGAUCUCUUGCUUAACCACAAGUAAAGACGCAGCAAAAUUGUAAAUAUGCAAAUGCUUUAAAGAUAAGGAAUUUUUAAAAUAGAAAUAAUUAUUACAUUGACUAUAUUUCUACUAAAGGGCUUACUAGUAACUGUCAGAAUCUUAUUUUUAAUAACAAAUUUUAACAACUUAUUGUUGCUUCAGAUCCAAGAGCAAUGCUGUUUUACUUAACCUAAAUGCCUUACGAAAUUUUUUGCUUGUUUGUUUGGUAUUGAGUGCAGAGAAACCUCAUUUUUACCGAUAUCGCUGCUCUUAAAGCAGUUGAAGAUUCUGAAAGAACUUUUUAAAUUUCUAGUUAAUAAAAAUACACCAGAAUAGAUUUGUACCUUUGGUUAGAAAAAAAAGGUGAAAUAAAGUCGGUUAAAAGUACAGAAAGUAAAGAAAAAAGUACACUACAGCAAAAAUUUGGUCAUUUUUAACUUUUUUGUUGAUGAGGUAUUGUGGUGGAGAUUCUAAACGAUUAAAAAUACUUGGAAAUAGAAAAACUGGUUUUCACUCAAACAAAAUUGGUAGACAUGGAUUGAUUGCAAAACGGAGAUAGAUUUCUACUUACUUGUCGUUCGGCCAUUGAAACCGGCCAGGAAACGCCAAGGAUGAGGUUAAACGCAAAUUUUAAAUAUACUCUUGACGAAUUACUCUUUCCAAGGAGAAGACUUUUUCUAACUACUUAAAACCGCUUUAAAGAGGUCUCAUCUCUGUGUUGUUAUGCCUUCUCGAAACCUCUCAAUUCUUCAUAGUUUCCAAAAAGUCUUCUCAAAACUUACCAAUCUCCUCAGUUUUCCAGAUUCUCUUCACAUCUAUUCUGUAAGUAGAUUUUCAACAAUUUUCUUGUCUAAUCUCCGUAAUUUUAAUUUUUCAACCUGUUGCAUAUUUUUAUUUUUAAAUCUCUAUUAUAAUAGCCGUAUUUUGUCUGUCUGUCUGUCACGCAAAAUGGUAGCUUAGCUGCGCAAGUAGCUAGACGCACGUGGUGCGGUAUAAAAAGGAGGGGGGGAACCCGUGGAUUUUUCCACGAGCUAACGACUAGUUGUAUACAAAUG